AUGAGGGGCUUGGAUCCGAAAGAGAGAGCGCUAUGGAAUUGGGCCAACGUCGACAACCUUGACGAGUUCCUUCAGGAGGUAUACUCGUACUACAUCGGCAAGGGCAUCUUCUGCAUCGCUCUCUCUAGGGCGCUCAACCUCUUGACCAUUGCAUUUGUCAUUGGCUUUUCGACAUUCUUGGCUGGUUGCGUCAACUAUUCCAAGAUCAGGGACUACUCCAAGCUGAGGCAUAGCCAGAAGCCCACGGAGUCAGAGGUUGACCUCAUGCUCAGCGAUGUACUGGUCGACCAAUGUGUCUCUCGUUUCUCUGGCCUCACUCUCCUGGUCUUUAUGACCUUUAUUGCGUUCUACGGAUGGCAGGUUGUCAGGUUUGGUCUCGGCCUGUCGAGACUAGUCGCCAUGAACAACUUCUACACCCAUCUUCUCAACAUUCCUGAUGCCGAGGUGCAAUCGAUCCCGUGGAACGAAGUCGUGUCGCGCAUCUCGCAUCUUCGCGAGACUCAUCCGACCACGUCGCUGUCUUCUUCGACGAUGAGAGCAGGCUCUCAAGGCAACAAGCUCGAUGCUCACGACGUCGCAAACCGCAUCAUGCGCCAGGAGAACUACCUCAUCGCACUAUUUAACAAGGACGUCCUCGAUCUGACUAUCCCCUUGCCUGGACUGCGACUGAGGCCACCGGCGCUGACCAAGACUCUCGAGUGGAACCUCACGUUUUCGCUCCUCGGCUUCCUCUUUGAUCGAAGGGGCCAAGUACGACGACAAUUUAUCACGAACAGGAAUCGGGGCGAUCUCAUCGAAGGGCUGCGCCGACGCUUCAUCUUCAUGGCCGCCGUCAAUGCCGUCUUUGCCCCGUUUAUUGUCGUUUACCUGCUUCUGUACUCCUUCUUCCGAUACUUUGAGGAGUACCACAAGAAUCCGGCCAGCCUUGGCUCUAGGCAGUAUACGCAAUUUGCUCGGUGGAAGUUCCGAGAGUUCAACGAGCUUCCCCAUCUCUUUCGAAGGAGGUGUCAUGAGUCAUACCCAUUCGCACAGCGCUAUCUUGACCAAUUCCCUAAGGAACGCACAGCGAUCGUAGCUCGCUUUGUCUCAUUCAUUGCGGGAUCCUUCAUGGCUGUCUUGCUUCUCGCCUCUGUCAUCGACUGGGAUCUCGUCGUGCACCUCUACAUUACGCCGCAGUACAACGUCCUCUUCUUCAUCACUGUCUUCACCGCCAUCCUGGCCGUCUCGAGGGGACUGGUACCCGACGAACAGCAGACUUUCGAACCAGAGGUAUUGCUGCAAGGUGUCGUCGAGCGCACUCACUACUUGCCCGAGCACUGGAAGGGGCGCUUCCACUCGACAGAGGUCCAUGCCGACUUCGGGUCACUAUAUCAACUCAAGAUCUCCAUCUUCGUCAGCGAGCUGCUCAGCGUCAUUGUCACACCCUUUGUCCUUUACAAGAGCUUGCCGAAAAGCGCACCCGCCAUCAUCGACUUCUUCCGAGAGUUCACCGUCCAUGUUGAUGGGCUGGGGUAUGUUUGUUCUUUUGCCGUCUUUGACUUUGCCAGACAUGGCAAUGUCAAAUUUGGCGCCCCUGGUGGCUAUCGAGACGGCCGCAUGGCCUCCAAGGAAGGAAAAAUGGAGCAGUCGCUCCUCGGCUUCCGAGCCGCCAAUCCAGACUGGCAUCCGGCCGAUCCCGUUGCCUCGCUAUUUCUCUCGCGCGUUGCAGCCGCCGAAGCGACAUCGCCUCGCCAUAGACAAGGCGCUCAUGCGAGCGCAAAUGGCAAAAGCAGCGGUGGUGGAGGAGGCGGAGGAGCUGCUUCCUCCUUCACGCCGGCCAACUCGACGCUGGCCCAGCGAUCGCAACUCUACAACGAGGCCUUUGAACGAUCCAUAUCCUUGGCCAAGCCAGGGAAUGCUGCUGCAUUGCAGGCCAGCGCCGUCAAAAUUGGACCUCGGACCCAUGCCAAACCAAAGACGCUUCAAGCUGUCGACGAGGACGAAGAUGGGCUCGCGGCGACGACCAGGCUCUCGGAAGCGGACGAGGAAGAGACUGGUGAAAGUGGCUACGCCGAUGCUCGCUUCGGGCGCAGCACAAGCCUCCACCACACAACAGAUGGCAGUGCGGCCGGAGUUGCUGCCGGUGACGAGACGAGCCUUCGCGGCCUGCUCAAUCACAUAGGGGGUCGAUGGUGA